AAAUUUCAGUCUGAGUAGCUUCUUCUCUUUAAUUUUUUCCAAGCAAUUGACAGGUGGGGGGGUUUAUGGCCCAUUGUGCAUGUUGCUAGUGUGGAACCAGGAACUGGAUUACAAAUACUUACGUUCCUGCUGUUGUUUAUUGCAAAGGUCCAUGGAACAUCAUGCUCGCACUUAUUUUUGUUGGACUUGCUGUUGUGCUGGGGUUCCUCUAUGUCUGGAACACACAGAAAUUCAACUACUGGGAGGAGCAGGGGAUCAAGACCAGGCCACCUGUGUAUCCAUUCAUAGGAAGCAUGUGGAAGGUUUGGAAGAGGAUGUACCAUAUUGAGGAUGCAAAGGACAUAAGGAUUCAUGGGCGGAGAAUUGGGCUUUAUGAAGGGACUCGACCCUAUCUCCUUUGUGCAGACCUAGACAUCCUUCGAGAUGUAUGCAUCAAGAAUUUUGACUACUUUGUGGAUAGAAUGGACCCUGUCAUUACAUCUCACUAUUGGAGGAAGAUGCUAUCAAUUCUCAUUGGAGAGGAAUGGAAGGAGGUCCGUCGGCAUCUCUCUCCUGCCUUCUCCUCCGGAAAGAUAAAGAAGAUGAGUGCCUUGAUGGGUGAAUGUGCUCAUACACUUGUGGGGAAUUUCCUUGAGAGUGUUCAGCAUAAAACAGGUGUUGUGGAUCUGAAACAACAAUAUGGGGCCUUUACAAUGGAUGUGGUAGCCACAUGUGCAUUUGGGACCAAGAUUGACUCUCUUGGCUCACCAGAUGAUCCCUUUGUUGAGAAUGCCAGAAAGGCUUUCUCUAGUCGUAAGAACCAGUCUCCACUGGUAGCUCUCCUCUUUAUUUCUAGGUGGAUUCCAAAACUCUUGAGUGGCAUAUUCUUCACGAAGGAAUUGAGAUUCUUUCUGGAGGUGGCCAAGAGCAUUGCCGAAAAGAGGAAGGCAGAAAACAAUAGGGAGAGAGGAGAUAUGAUUGACCUGAUGUUGGAUGUACAAGAAGAAGAGCAGAAGGAAUGUGAAACUGACCCUUCCAAGACUCCUGUGAUCACUGAGGAAGUUAUAAUUGCACAGCAGACAGUUUUAUUUUUCCUGGCUGGCUAUGACACAACUGCCACAACCCUCACCAUGGUCACUUACAACCUGGCUCUACAUCCAGAAGCACAGGAGAAGGCAGUGGCUGAGAUCAGGGAGAAAAUAGCUCAACAUGUUAGUCCCUUUUUCAUUUUUUGGUUGGAAGUACAUGUACUUUUGGGAGGAAUAACUCAUGAGAUGGUGAUUGAUUGCCCCUAUUUGGAUCAAGUGAUUCAAGAAUCCCUUCGUCUCUAUCCACCAGCCCUUAGGCUUGAACGAACUUGUACAAAGGCAUGUGAGAUCCAUGGAGUGAAGUUUGAGAAGGGAGUUCGCAUUGGGUUCCCCAUUUAUGCCAUCCAUCAUGAUCCUGAGUUCUUUGAGGAGCCAGAGAAGUUCCACCCAGAACGGUUUGCCCAAUCUGAGAAGGGGUUGCAACACCCAAUGACUUACCUUCCAUUUGGUCAGGGACCUCGAAGCUGUAUUGGGAUGCGAUUUGCACAGAUGGAGAUCAAGUUGGCUUUGUGUCAUGUCCUCAGUCAAAUCAAGUUCUCCCGCUGUUCUCAAACUCCGGUUCCAGUGGAAGCAAGAUCUUCCCCCAAUCUUCUCUUCCAGCCUUUGAAUGUGAUGGUGGAAAUAGAAGCCAGGAAGUGAUUCCUUUUUUUGCCCCCUUUAUGCUACAGGCACCUCUGAUCCAUGUCUACAUUGUGUAGCUUUCAAUCCUCUCAGCUUGACUUGUGAUUGUACAGUUCUAUUGUGAGGGGUAUUCAGUAAGUUUUUAGCAAGGCAUGCAAUUUUCCUAUAGGUAAAUGCUAUAAACUUCAUACCUACACAUCCCUUCAAGGUACUCUCUCCCAACAUCCACACAUGAUUGCAUCCUUACCUGACUCAUUAUAGCAUCCCAG